AUGUCUCCUCCAACUGCCACCGAAACCAUCGCCGCCAAUGUCACCCUCCAAACCCCACAGUCAGCCCAGGAAGCCGGAGCGCAAAAAGCCAAGGUCAAGUUUGCCAUGCCCCAAAUGCCGGUCUUCGAGGACAAAAUGAAGGAGCGCGAAUACCUCAAGGGCCGUCUGGCCGCUGCCUUUCGCAUCUUUGGCAAAAAUGGAUACGAUGAGGGUGUGGCCGGCCAUAUCACCCUGCGCGAUCCAGUUGAACCAGAUACCUUCUGGGUCAACCCGUUUGGCGUUGCGUUCUCGCUCAUCAAGGCAUCUGAUCUGAUCCGGGUCAAUCACGAAGGCCAGGUUAUUGACGGAGGCGAGGUGCGCUUGCUCAACGCAGCUGCCUUCAUGAUUCACUCUGCCAUCCAUGCGGCAAGACCCGAUGUCCUCUGUGCGGCGCACAGCCAUAGCAUCUAUGGGAGGGCGUUCUGCGCAUUGGGUCGUCCUUUAGAUAUCAUCACGCAGGACUCAUGUGCAUUCUACAAUGACCACAUUGUCUACAAGCAGUUCAACGGUGUUGUCCUCGCUGAAGAAGAAGGGAAGUAUAUCGCCCAAGCUCUGGAGGACAAGAAGGCUGCUUUGCUGCAGAACCACGGGCUAUUGACUGUUGGGCGGACGGUUGAGGAAACGGUGUUUUGGUUCGUAAGCUUGGAGAAAUGCUGCUAUGCGCAGUUGCUGGCCGAUGCGGCAGCGGCCGGACGAGGAGGUUCAACCAUCAAGAUUGGCGAUGCCGAGGCGGCGUUUUCAUACAAGGUAGUCGGGACACCGGGGGCUGGUUGGUUCAGUGCAAAGCCAUUGUUCGAUGUUAUUCAUAAAGAGACAAACGGAGACUAUUUGGAGUAG